UCGCGUUGCCUAGGCUACCCGAUGCAACUUAGAGCUUUGCGUGCCUUGACCAACACAAUAAGAAGACUGCUGACGCGAACAGAUUAUUUGCAUAUCAUAUUUUUAAAAUGGUUGUAGAAUAAACAUGUAUUUCUAUCAUAUACUUAAAAAUGUUGUGGAAUAAAAUAUAUUCUAUGACAUGCAAUGCACGCGUUCCAUACACAUAGACGGCACGGCGCUGAUUUUAGCCAACAAGUACUGGAUUGUUCAGUGAAAGGCCAAGGGCAAGUUGAAUUUAUACUGCAACCAUGGACAAAUUGAAUUCCCGAACAACCACUACCUCGGUUAUAAAACGUCCCAUUUUAUAGCAUGUCUCAUAUGAAUGGUUACACGUUGUUUAUACCUACAGUGUUUUUGUUAUACAGUUCCGGGAGGUGUAGCUGUGCUAGCUAAAGAAAGCUCAACAAUAGACCGCUACCAGUUUUCUUUUUUUCUUUUCCCAAUUUAGAACCAAAUCGCCUCUUUCUCCUACUUCAGAAAGACAGGAUCGCCAAACCAGGAGCAAUCAGACUAGAUCUGCAUCACGGCAUCUCUCGCACCGCUUUCUUGGUGUGGACUGACUGACCUAAACCCUAACUCUGGAUACUGGACCCCAGUGGCACUGUAAGGGAAUUGAGGUGCCUCGAGAGUGCUUGAGGACCACCACGUCAUGUCACAGCAAAACAGGGGUGGGGUGCUAAACCCUGCGUACCACCACUCCGAGACCCUGGAGAUGGACCAAGGCUCACCUCGGAGGUCACAGCACCAGAACCCCUACGCGAGCGAAGACUUCAGGCCACAGUGGGACGGGGGGCCGGCAGGGAGGGACGACCCAGAGGUGUUGCCCCCCUACGAUAUUGAGCAGAGCCCCAGGGACACCACAGAGGACAUCCCAAUGAGAUCCCUGCCGUCUGAGCAGGGCUUUGGCAGACCGUACCCCUCCACCUCCUUCAAGGAGCCCCCCCAGGUCUGCAGCGGGUUUGUGGCAGCUAACCCAGGGUUCAAGUGGGGCCCAGCCAAUGAGAACAGCUCAGCACCCCCAGGCUGGCAGCAAAACUCCCUUCAGGGCCUUCAAGAAUACAGACAAGGAGGGGAGAGCUCGGUACGGCAGCGAGGAGUGCGGAGAUACAGCCUCUUCCCUGCUGGAACGUUGAGCGGCUCCGCACUGGGAAGACUGGGAUUUAAAGAGGAUGAGUUCCAGGACAUGUUGGAGGAAGAGAGGCAGGAUCUGGUCAGAGAGCUGGCUGCCAUGUCCUCCAGGGACUGUCUCCAAGCUGUCCGCCAACUACCCAUGAACCUCCGGGAGAAGGACAUUAUCAGGAAGACAGUGCUACUUGUGAAGACGUCUACGAAACAGCUGCAGGAACAGAACUGCUGUACGGACUGCACACAGAAUGUUUCAAUGUCCUUUAGGAGGUGCUGUGCCAGCCUCUCCGCCGUGCCCCAGGCUCUGCAGCUCUGGCAGGGCACCCUGAAGGAGAUCGGGGGUAAGUUUGGCACCAGUGUCCUCUCCUACUUCCUCUUCCUAAAAUGGCUGCUCAUGUUCAACAUCUUCUCCUUCCUGGUCAACUUCGGCUUCAUCACCGUGCCACAGCUGCUUGACCACGAGGCCAAGAAUAUCGGGACAUUCCGGGGGCUGGAGAUACUGACUGGAGCGGGAUAUUUCAGCAACUCUGUGCUGUAUUACGGUUUCUACUCAAACGGCACAGUGUCUGGGGGCAGUGCUAGCAGUAACUCUAUGUCUGGGAUGCCUCAGUACAACAUGCAGCUGGCAUACUUCUUCACCAUCGUAGCCUACCUGGUUCUGUGCUGCAUUAGCCUUGUCUACAGCGCUGCACGCUCGUUCCAGGAGAACUUCAUGCUGGCUGGGGCUGUGGUCGGCAAUGCUGGGAGGCUGCUGUGUAGCUGGGACUUCAGCGUGAUCAAUGAGAAAGCUGUGCGUCUGAGGCAGGACAACCUGCGCACACAGCUCAAGGAGUCACUGUCUGAGCAGACCAGUGAGAAUCUUUCGCUCAUGUCCCAGAAACUUGCUCGCUUUGGGAUCCACGUGGCUGCUUGGUUUGUUUCUACAGGGAUGGCUGCAGGCUGCUGCGCCGGCGUCUACUUCCUGUGUCUCUACAACAUGAAAUUGAUCGAUGAGUCCCAUGCAUCCCAGAGCCUGACAGCCGAGGCAGGCACUCUGCUCCUCCCCAUCGUGGUAUCCCUUAUCAACCUGGUCAUCCCACUCCUCUACUCCCUGUUCAAGAAGGUGGAGCCUUUCACCUUCCCCCGGCACCAGAUCUAUGCUCUCAUCAUUAGGAACGUUCUUCUGAAGAUGUCCAUCUUGGCUAUGCUGUGCUACUUCUGGCUGGAAAAAGUUGUGGAAAGUGACAAAAUCAAAUGCUGGGAGACGUUCGUGGGGCAGGAUAUCUACAGGCUCGUCAUCAUCGACUUCAUAUUCUGUCUCCUGGGCUCCUUAUUUGGGGAGUUCCUGCACAAAGUGAUCGGAACAAAAUGCCUGAGUAGUCUUGGAGUUCCAGAGUUCGACAUUGCACGGAACGUUCUAGACCUGAUCUACGCACAGACUCUGGCCUGGAUUGGGAUUUUCUUCUCUCCACUGCUGCCUGUCAUUCAGAUCAUAAAACUCUUUCUGAUCUUUUACCUUAAAAAGGUGAGCUUGAUGCAGAACUGCCAUCCUCCUCAGCGAUCGUGGCGGGCGGCUCAGAUGAUCACCGCCUUCAUCCUCCUCCUCUUCUUCCCAUCCUUCUCCGGGGCGCUGUCCGUGGUAGCAUUCACUGUCUGGAGGAGGGCCCCCUCUAAGACCUGCGGUCCGUUCCGAGGGCUGGCUGUACCCUACGAUGCCGUGUCUCAGUGGAUGGAUUCCGUGGAAAUCAACUUCCCCAGGUCCAGUUGGGUUGUGUGGAUCUACAAUAACCUGAUCAAGAGCGUCCUGUUCUUCCUCAUCCUCACACUCCUCGUCUUGAUUCUGAUCUACCUCUUCUGGCAGAUCGUAGCAGGACGCAAAGUCCUCAUUGCCCUCCUUCAGGAGCAGAUCUCUAACGAAGGGAAGGACAAGACUUUCCUGUUGGAGAAGAUAGAGAAGCUGAAGGCUCAGAGCAGCGCUCAAACAGCACAGAGAGGAGGGGUGAGCCAGCGCACUGGUUCAAAAGGUUUCAAAAGGAGCCGGAGAAGGAGUAAGGAUCGGGGUUCAAGAGGCUCCGAGAGAGGCAGGGUGUCAAGUAUUGACCAGGGUUCAAGGAGCCCUGGAAGGGUCAGGGUGCCAGGUCGAGAUUCAGGGUCAAGGGGCUCCGGAAGGGUCUGGAUGCUGGGGCAAGACGUGGGUUCAGUGAGCCCUGGAAGGGGCAGGGUGCCUGGAUAUGAGCCGAGCUCCAGAGGAAGGGACACAGCAUUGCCUGGAUAUGUACAGGAGGACAGGGGGGCCACCUCUCUGCAGGGCUCGGAGAGGGGAUAUCCAGGAAAAGCUGAUUACCCGCGGGAUGAUCCGUACUCCCAGGAAGACGGCACAACUCCCCCUGUCUCUGACGCAUUGGUGCAGACUCUACUCGCUCAGAGGCAGGCUAAGGAAGAGGAUGAAGAGGAGGGAUAUUAAAGAUAGUGGAUUAAUCCAGCACCUUACACAAGCGGGACAGUUCUCUUGAGCUGAACACAUAACCUGGGCUGUAGUGAGCACCUCUUUAGCACCUGUUGAAAUGGGCAACCAAACCAGCUGAUCUAGCAUAGCAUUUUAUACGGUUCGUUAUCAGAAACUCCACUUCCUGCAAUUGAAUGCUUUAACCCUGAUUGUCUUCCGCUCAUAAAGAUUUUGUUUUUUUGAAUGUCAUUUAAUACAUUUUUUUGAAAUAUAUUUAAAUUUGAAAUGUGAAAAGUGUGUGUUGUGUUUUUUUUUUUUUUUAUUCCCAACAUUGACACCUUCUUUCUAACCUUUAGAAUGGUUGAAGGAUUCCUUAAGAAAAUAGAAGGUGUUGAUACAGUAUUUAAAGUCACUCUGAGAAGCAAGACUAUAACUUUUGGGUGCUGACCCAGAUGAGAUGAAACAUUGACAUUGGUUGCAAGUUAUUCCACAUACUGUGAAUGCAGCUCAUUGAGACCUUUUGCUCUCACAAUUCACACACCUGAUUGGCCGUGCCAUUCAUGGGUAUAUCUUGUCCGAAUUCAUAUUUGUUGCAUUUGAUGUACCAUUUGUUUGAGAGGAUAGAUUCAGUAUUUCACCACAGCUGCAGAAAUUACUCCAGGCCUGAAGGAAUAUUUGUGGGAAUAACCCUCACCUUCGACCUGAUUGGCUGUGUCCUUGGUCAUGUGGUAGUCAUCGAGACAAUUAGUAUAUUGAGCCUGUUCAACUACAAAAACUACUCAAUUCAGACUAAGAACUCACAGCAUAAUGCA